UAAAAUGUCUUCCCCACUGUUCUUCCUCCCCAGAUGUUCCUGGAGUACGGCUUCCACCCUCGGGUGCAGCGCUGGGUGAUCGGUCAGUGUCUGUGCAGCGACCAGCGCUCCCUGGCCUCGUACGGGGUCCGUCAGAACGACGACUCGGCCUUCCUGUUCCUCCUGUCCGCCCGACACGCUCGCCUCUCCCUCCAGGCCCUGCAGCAGGACCAGGAGAGUGCUCUGCUCCUCACCCCUCCUUCUCUGCCUCUCCUCACCCCUCCCUCUCUGCCUCCCCCCACCCCCCUGCUGAACGCUACCUCUGCUAACGGCCCCUCCUCUCUGGACCGGAGGCCGUACACCACCCUGCCUGCGAGGCUCCACAGCAGCAGCAGCACGGGCGGGUCUGAGAGAGGGAACAUCCGUGAGAUCAGAGAUCUAGCCAACAUGGAGAUGCCUCAACUCAACAGAGCUCUGACCCCCAACACAGCCUCCACACAGGGUUGGGCGUGUCCGUCCUGCACAUACAUCAACAAACCCACGCGUCCGGGCUGUGAGAUCUGCAGCACCAACCGCCCUGAGGGAUACGUGGUGCCGGGGGGGUACCGGCCCGACGACCUGGAGCUCAGACGCAUCCAGCAGGAGAAGGAGGCGGUCAGACAGUACCAGCAGGAGAAAGGGAGAAGAGAGGUGCUGAGGAGUGCUGAGGCUCAAAACAACUCACUCCUGUUUAACCUGGACCAGGACUACUGAACACACACACACACACACACACACACACACACACACACACACACACACACACACACACACACACACAC